GAAUCCAACGGCUCUCGUCAAGUUUCCACGCUCCUCGAGAAUGGACACAUACCAGAACCGCCCUCGUUUCUUCUUCCCGCUCUUUUCACUUCGCAGCUCGGAACUGCUCACGGCGCACCCGCUCGUCCUCAUAGCAGAAUCGACGGGGAGAGAGAGAGAGAGGGAAGGGGGGGAAGAUGUGCGGAAGAACUCGUUGCACCCUCAGGCCCGACGACAUCCCUCGCGCCACUCAUCGCGGCGGUCAACCCUCUCGUACCAUCGACUUGGAUCGGUACCGCCCGUGUUAUAAUUUUUCGCCGGGAUGGAAUUUGCCGGUGGUGCGGAGAGAAGAGAAUUCAGAUGGCGAUGAUUACGUGGUCCACUGCAUGAAGUGGGGGUUGAUUCCCAGUUUCACCAAGAAGAACGAGAAGCCUGACUAUUAUAGGAUGUUCAAUGCUCGGUCAGAGUCCAUAAAUGAAAAGGCUUCAUUUCGUCGUCUCAUUCCCAAAUGCCGGUGCCUUGUGGCCGUUGAAGGAUUCUAUGAAUGGAAAAAAGAUGGAUCCAAAAAGCAGCCAUAUUACAUUCAUUUCAAGGAUGGUCGUCCCCUUGUUUUUGCUGCUCUGUAUGAUUCGUGGAAGAACUCAGAAGGUGAAAUUAUUUACACCUUUACCAUUCUCACAACUUCAUCAUCGCCAGUUUUGCAGUGGCUACAUGACAGGAUGCCCGUUAUUUUAGGUGACAAGGAGUCAACUGAGAAAUGGCUGGGUGGCUUGUCUUCUUCCAAAUUUGAUACUGUGCUUAAACCAUAUGCAGAGCCAGAUCUGGUUUGGUACCCUGUGACACCUGCUAUGGGCAAGCCAUCAUUUGAUGGACCAGAAUGCAUUAAGGAGAUCCAACUGAAGAAAGAGGAUAAAAAUAUCAUUUCAAAAUUUUUCACAAGAAAGGAAAUCAAGAAAGAAGAAGAAUUUAAGGGAGAAGAGAAAAGUUCUCAUCAGGAUUCUGUCAAGACGGACGUGCAUGCAAGCUUUAAAAAAGAGCCUAAAGUUGGAGACUGCAAUGAAUUCUCAUCAGCGGCUGAUGAAUCUGGCAUUGCUAAACAUCUUGAUGAUGCAACAGGACAGGGCCAAGUCAAAAGGGACUACGAGGAGUUCUCAACUGAUCCAGAUCAAGGUACGUACCAAACAGAUGUGACCCAAGCAAGUCCAUUGAAGAAGAAAAGAGAGGUUAAGAGUAAUGAAGAUAAACAGCCGACGCUAUUUGCAUACUUUACCAAAAGCUAGUUUGGACGCAUUAGUGAGAUUUGCAGCUUCAUUUACGUCCCCUGGCUGGAUAAUUUUGUGCUAGUUGUAUAGUUUGUCAAGAGCUUACUUCCAUUUUGUUGUUGGAAAGAGGUGUAGCUUGUACUGCCGGGUGAUUGAUAUGUAUAUAAGGUGCAUUUUGCAGGGACAUGAAAAACCAGAUGAAGUUGUAAGAUCUUUGGGGUUGCAUAGUACCAUUGUUAGCUGUGUUUUUGUUUGCGACAGAAUUCUGAGCAAAGUGUACACUAUUUUUA